GGUGGAACAGUACGUAUUACAUGCUGGAAAGCCUUUUUGCACAAAAGCGAGUCCUGGCUUCAUACAUUGCCGAUCAUGAUCUCCCCGCGACAUUCAGCGCAUACCAGUGGGUUUUAAUAGAGAACAUUCUCUCUCUCCUUGCCCCCUUUGAGCAGAUAACGAAGGAGAUAAGCUCAUCGGGUGCAUCUGUGGCAGACGUUAUCCCCUUACUAGCAGCAUUAAAGCGUCUUUUAGGCAAAGAGGCUGAAACAGACCACGGAGUGAGAACAACAAAAAGUGCGCUCUUAGAUGCUGUGAACACUCGUUUUAGCAAGGCAGAUUCCGAACCGCUGUACUGCAUCGCGACAGUACUUGAUCCAAGAUAUAAGGAUCCUUACUUGGAUGGGGGGAAAAAGCAGCGCACAAGGGACAUGAUACAGGCUGAGUUGGAUUUGCAAAAGCCGUUGUGUGAUGGAGACGGUCGCAUGACGCACAGCGCAGCAGAACGGGGAGAUGGCGUGGAGAAAAAAAGGGCACGCACUACAGAUGAUGAGCUGCGCAAACCCUUACUGUCUGACAUGUUCGAAGAGAUUCUCCAAGAGAGCAAUCCAAAUACCAGUCAGAAGACAAGCUCAACAGCUCAACAACUGGAUGCUUUUCUAUCAGAAGUCCCCAUCCCCAGGAGCAAUAACCCUCUCGGAUAUUGGAGGGCCAAUCAAGGCCGCUUUCCCCACCUGGCACAGACGGCACGCAGAUACUUGUCUGCUCCAUGCACAAGCACCGAUAGCGAGAGACUGUUUAGCGCUGCUUCUCACAUCAUCGAUGAGAAGAGGAACAGACUUUCAUGUGACAAAGCAGAGAAGCUCCUUUUCAUCAAGAAGAACCUGCCACUUUUCCUGAAGUAG